AUGCGUCUCUCUCUCCCCUUUGCUCUCCUCUCUCUGCUCUCCCUCACUGUCGCCAGCCCCGUGCGGCGCGCAAGCACCUGCAACGGCUCCCCCGCGCUCUGCUCCCGCCUCUACUCCAACGUCACCUUCGCCGGCGCGCACAACUCCUACGCCAUCGCGCCCAGCGCGCAGACCAAUGCCGGCGCGAACCAGAACGUCUCGCUGAGCUUCCAGCUGGACAUGGGCGUGCGCCUGCUGCAGAGCCAGGCGCAUGCCAGUGGCAACAGCAGCGCCACGGGCGCGGGCGUGGAUCUGUGCCAUACCAGCUGCUCCAUCUUCCAAGGCGGCGCCCUCGAGGCCUAUCUCUCCCAAGUCUCCAGCUGGGUCUCCUCGAACCCGUCGGAGGUGCUGACCUUGCUCAUCGUCAACUCCGAUGCCCUGCCUGCCUCUCGCUUCGCCCAAGCGUUCGAGUCCACGGGCCUCGCCAGCAAGGUGUACAACCCCACUGCUACGGGCGCUGCGACGAACGGCGUGGUGGCCAAGAGUGCAUGGCCUACACUGGGAGCACUGGUGGAUGCUGGAACGACGGUGGUGGUGCUCCUCAGUAGCGGGGCCGAUACGAGUAGCGUAGGCUAUCUGCUCCCGCAAUUCGCAAACGUCUGGGAGACGCCGUACGACCAGACCUCGGUGCCGUUCAGCUGCAGCGUCGACCGGAUCGACUCGUCGAGCACUUCCUCCAACCUCAUGUACCUGUCCAACGCCUAUCUCGACGAGGCGCUCUUCGGCAACAUCGUCAUUCCGGCCGUCGCGUCGCUCGGAGACACAAACUCGGAGAGCCGGCAGCUCGAGAAUGCCUACGCAUGCGCAGGCACGCACGGCACGGCGCCGAACUUUCUGCUCAGCGACUACUCGCAGAUGGGAGAAUACGGCGUGAUGAAGGCUGCAGCCAGACUCAAUGGCGUCGAGUACACGGAGCCGACGAGCAGCCCGACGAGCCGCGGCUCGGGCUCGGGCAGUGGCAGCGGAUCAUCGAGCGGCGGCAGCAAUGGCGCCGCAACAUCGCCACGCUCUCUCGCGGCAAUGGCGAUGGGAGCGGCGGGAGUGGCGCUGCUGACGCUCUAG